ACUAAACAGGAGAGAAAGACGGUGAGGCGGGUUACCAGGCAGGCAGAGGCUUGAACGGGGGUAAAAGUGAUGUACUAAGCAAGGAGCUUUUCUUUUAGCUUCCAGUGACUACCAGGAGAACAACAAAAGGAUAACCAGCCAGGGCGAAGCAAACGGUUUUCUGCAUCUCUGGAUAAGACCUCUGGAAGGUGCAUUUACCCGUGUUUCUUCAUAUGUUCCUCAUUGGAUAUCUGCUUGAUGUCAAUGCAUGUGUCAGUUAUAGGAAAAUUCGUAUCUUUUUUUAUUUUUUUUUUUAUUGACCAAAGCAGAACUAUUGAGCGGGAUCGGUAUUCUCUUCCAACCUAAUCAUGGAGAACGCUCACGCCAAGAGUGUGGAAGAAGUUUAUAGUUAUUUCAGCGUCAACGAAAGUACGGGACUGACUUUAGACCAGGUGAAAAGGCAGCGAGACAAAUGGGGUCCCAACGAGUUGCCUGCUGAGGAAGGAAAAUCUAUAUGGGAACUUGUCAUUGAACAGUUUGAGGAUUUGCUUGUGCGGAUUCUUCUGCUGGCAGCUUGUAUAUCAUUUGUAUUAGCCUGGUUCGAGGAAGGAGAGGAAACGAUCACUGCCUUCGUAGAGCCUUUUGUAAUCUUACUGAUUCUUAUAGCCAAUGCCAUCGUUGGUGUCUGGCAGGAACGUAAUGCUGAAAAUGCCAUUGAAGCCCUUAAGGAGUACGAACCAGAGAUGGGCAAGGUGUACCGUCAGGACAGGAAGGCUGUGCAGAGGAUCAAAGCCAAAGACAUUGUGCCUGGAGACAUCGUGGAAGUUGCUGUGGGUGACAAGGUACCUGCUGACAUCCGCAUCUGCGGUAUCAAGUCCACCACACUGAGAGUGGACCAGUCCAUCCUCACAGGUGAGUCUGUCUCUAUCAUUAAGCACACCGAUCCCGUGCCGGACCUCCGUGCUGUCAAUCAAGACAAGAAGAACAUGCUGUUCUCGGGAACGAACAUUGCCGCAGGCAAAGCUGUGGGUGUGGUGGUAGCCACAGGUGUGAACACAGAGAUUGGUAAGAUCCGUGAUGAGAUGGCCGCCACUGAGCAGGAGAAGACCCCCCUGCAGCAGAAGCUGGAUGAGUUUGGCGAGCAGCUUUCUAAGGUCAUCUCGCUCAUCUGCAUCGCCGUGUGGAUCAUCAACAUCGGCCACUUCAAUGACCCCGCCCACGGUGGCUCCUGGAUCCGUGGCGCUGUCUACUACUUCAAGAUCGCCGUUGCUUUGGCCGUGGCUGCAAUCCCUGAGGGUCUUCCCGCCGUCAUCACCACCUGCCUGGCUCUCGGCACCCGCCGCAUGGCCAAGAAGAACGCCAUUGUUCGCUCUCUGCCAUCUGUGGAGACCCUAGGUUGCACCUCUGUCAUUUGCUCUGACAAAACCGGCACCCUCACCACCAACCAGAUGUCCGUCUGCAGGAUGUUCAUCAUAGACAAGGCUGAGGGUGAGAGCUGUUCACUGACUGAGUUCACCAUCUCUGGCUCCACUUACGCUCCUGAAGGAGAUGUGUACCUUGAUAACCGUUUGGUGAAGUGCUCUCAGUAUGAUGGGCUGGUGGAGUUGGCAACCAUCUGUGCCUUGUGCAAUGAUUCCUCCCUGGAUUAUAAUGAGACUAAAGGUGUUUAUGAGAAGGUUGGAGAAGCCACAGAGACAGCUCUGACCUGCCUGGUUGAGAAAAUGAAUGUUUUUGACACUGAUGUCAGGAGCCUGUCUAAGAUUGAGAAAGCCAACGCCUGCAACGCAGUGAUCAAGCAGCUGAUGAAGAAGGAGUUCACCCUGGAGUUCUCCAGAGACAGGAAAUCUAUGUCUGCGUUCUGUUUGCCCAGCAAGGCCAAGUCCACCUCUGCUAAAAUGUUUGUCAAGGGAGCUCCAGAGGGAGUGAUCGAGAGGUGCACAUACGUGCGUGUGGGCGGGUCUAGGGUACCUGUGACUCCAGGCAUUAAGGAUAAGAUCAUGUCUGUGAUCAGAGAGUAUGGCACUGGCCGGGAUACCCUUCGCUGUCUGGCACUGGCCACCCGUGAUAACCCACUAAAGAAAGAGGAGAUGGUUCUGUCAGACACUGCCCGCUUUGCAGAGUAUGAGUCUGACCUGACCUUUGUGGGCUGCGUGGGCAUGUUGGACCCUCCUCGUACUGAGGUGGCCGCCUCCAUCAAGCUCUGCCGUCAUGCUGGCAUCCGCGUCAUCAUGAUCACCGGUGACAACAAGGGCACAGCCGUGGCCAUCUGCAGACGCAUCGGCAUCUUCUCGGAAGACGAUGACGUCAGUCGCAUGGCCUUUACAGGCCGUGAAUUUGACGACCUUUCACCUCACGCCCAACGCAAGGCUGUCAUGGAAGCCCGCUGCUUUGCACGUGUGGAGCCUUCACACAAGUCUAAGAUUGUGGAGUUCCUGCAGGGCUUUGAUGAAAUCACUGCCAUGACAGGAGAUGGCGUGAACGAUGCCCCUGCCUUAAAGAAGGCAGAGAUUGGCAUCGCCAUGGGCUCUGGCACUGCUGUGGCCAAGACAGCCUCGGAGAUGGUCCUCGCUGAUGACAACUUUGCCUCUAUUGUGGCCGCUGUGGAGGAAGGCAGAGCGAUCUACAACAACAUGAAGCAGUUCAUCCGCUACCUCAUCUCCUCCAACGUGGGAGAGGUCGUCUGUAUCUUCCUCACUGCUGCAUUGGGUUUUCCUGAGGCCCUGAUCCCUGUCCAGCUGCUCUGGGUGAAUCUGGUGACUGACGGUCUGCCUGCCACUGCUCUGGGCUUCAACCCCCCUGACCUGGACAUAAUGAACAAACCCCCUCGCAGUGCCAAAGAGCCCCUCAUCUCUGGCUGGCUUUUCUUCAGAUACCUUAUCAUUGGCUGCUAUGUUGGUGCUGCAACUGUAGGAGCUGCAGGUUGGUGGUUUAUUGCUGCUGACGAUGGUCCAAUGAUCACUCUUUACCAGCUGAGUCAUUUCCUGCAGUGUUCUCCUGAUAAUCCAGACUUCCAGGACUUGGAGUGCCAUGUGUUUGAGUCUCCCUACCCCAUGACCAUGGCCCUGUCUGUGUUGGUGACCAUUGAGAUGUGUAAUGCCCUUAACAGUCUAUCAGAGAACCAGUCUCUGUUGCGCAUGCCUCCCUGGGAGAACAUCUGGCUGCUGGGAGCCAUCUGCCUCUCCAUGUCUCUGCAUUUCCUCAUUCUCUAUGUGGAGCCACUGCCGGUCAUCUUCCAGAUCACUCCUCUGAAUGUGACUCAGUGGCUGAUGGUGCUAAAGAUCUCAUUGCCUGUUAUCCUCCUGGACGAGCUGCUCAAAUUCGUCGCAAGGAACUACCUGGAGCCCGCUCGGGCGGAUUAAUCCAAUCCUCUCUCUGUAUUCCUUGCAGAAACUUUGAGGUUUUCUCAACUUUAGUGCAUGUGUUGUUUUGAACAGCUCCACACAUCGUUCUAGUUCUGCAUGUCAACUGUGCUAAAAUUUACGAAUUAGUAUAACUUAUUUGUUAAUCUCAAAAGUUAGAAAUUAAAAUGUAUUGCUUUUUUUGAGACCUAAUAUAGUCCGACUCGGCCAAGUUCAGCCCGUCUAAAGUCAGUGAAAUUUGAAGAAAUGUUUUAAAAAUGUUACAUUACUGUAGUUUUCAUGGUGCAUGUCCCCUUAGAUACAGGUUUUACAUUAGUGUAGAAUAAACUUUUGAAUAGCACUUCAAUAUUCAGUUUGAAAAAGAAAAAACAAGAUGCCGUUAGAAACAAAAUCUUAAAAGGCAAAUUUUUUUUUUUUCAAAAACAUUUUGAGAGAUGUGUAAAUUAACCAAAAAUGACUAUUGUUGCUUUGCACAGGGAUGUGCAAUAUUUUUAAUUCAGAGGCUCAUUUCAGGUGUGAGGUGUGUGAGACAUUGAGAGAGACAGGCAGUCUUUUACAGCAGUUUCCAUGACAACCGGAUGGCAGGCACUGCUGAAUCAGUGUUGUAAUUAUCAAUGACUUGUGGUUAAUAAAAUAAUAUUACAUGGUU